AUGAGAUCUUCUUGGGCAGACUCUGUUGACAAUACAGCUUCAGGCUCCGACAACAAUGGAGUUGGUGGAGCUCCAGGAGCUGGAGGUAAGCCUGCUUAUGUUCCACCUCAUCUCCGUAACAGGCCGCCUGCACAGAUGCAGGCGGCUCCCUCAGCCACAUCACAGAGUGGUGCACCACCUGCAAAUGAUAGGUUAGGAUAUGGCGGACAAACAAGCGGAUCACGAUGGGCUGCUCCUAGGCAGGAUUACAGUAGGCCAGGAUAUGGUACUGGCGGCCGUGGUGGUGGUGGUGGUGGAGGGGGUUGGGGAAACAGAGGUGGUAGUUGGGGUGGUGGUGGUGGUAGAGACAUGGAGGUUAAUCCAUUUGGUAAUGAGGAUAUAGAUAGUGCUGAAGAGAUCACAUCUGAGCAAGAAAACAAUGGUAUCAAUUUUGAUGCUUAUGAGGAUAUUCCUGUGGAAACUAGUGGUGAAAAUGUGCCACCUCCAGUUAACACAUUUGCAGAAAUAGACUUAGGGGAGGCUCUGAAUCUUAACAUUAGAAGGUGCAAAUAUGUCAAACCUACCCCUGUCCAACGUUACACCAUUCCUAUUUCUCUUGCUGGACGUGAUUUAAUGGCAUGUGCUCAAACUGGAUCCGGGAAAACUGCAGCAUUUUGCUUCCCUAUAAUCAGUGGGAUUAUGAGAGGACAAUUUGCACAAAGACCACGUGGCACAAGAACUGUUUUCCCCCUUGCCCUGAUUUUAUCUCCUACAAGGGAACUCUCCUGUCAGAUACAUGAGGAGGCUCGGAAGUUUUCUUAUCAGACAGGUGUCAAGGUGGUGGUUGUUUAUGGUGGAGCACCGAUUAAUCAACAGUUAAGAGAGCUCGAGAGAGGAGUCGAUAUACUUGUCGCCACUCCAGGAAGGUUGGUUGAUUUGCUGGAAAGGGCAAAAGUGUCAUUGCAAAUGAUACGUUAUCUAGCUCUUGAUGAGGCAGAUAGAAUGUUGGAUAUGGGAUUUGAGCCUCAAAUCAGAAAAAUAGUGGAGCAAACUGACAUGCCUCCACCAGGUCAAAGACAAACUAUGCUCUUCAGUGCUACAUUUCCUAGAGAAAUCCAGAGACUGGCAUCUGAUUUUCUUUCAAAUUACAUAUUUUUAACCGUGGGUCGUGUUGGGUCAAGUACCGAUUUAAUUGUUCAAAGGGUGGAAUUUGUUCAAGAAGUUGACAAAAGAAGCCAUCUUAUGGACCUCCUUCAUGCACAAAAGGAAAAUGAUUCUAAUACCAAGGCUCUUACAUUAGUUUUUGUGGAGACAAAAAAAGGAGCAGAUUCACUCGAACAUUGGCUCUAUAGUAAUGGCUUCCCAGCUACUACCAUCCAUGGUGACAGAUCACAGCCGGAAAGAGAGCAAGCAUUGCGAUCAUUCAAAAGUGGAAAAACACCGAUUUUGGUGGCGACUGACGUGGCGGCACGUGGUCUGGAUAUCCCUGACGUGUCACAUGUGGUCAACUUUGACCUUCCUAAUGACAUUGAUGACUAUGUACACAGAAUAGGACGAACAGGGCGAGCUGGCAAGACGGGAUUGGCCACAGCUUUCUUCAGUGACAACAAUACGUCCAUAGCAAAAUCAUUAGCCGACUUAAUGCAAGAAGCCAACCAGGAAGUGCCAGCUUGGCUUACCCGGUAUGCCAGCCGUGUGUCUUACGGUGGGGGUAAGAACAGGCGAUCCGGUGGACGCUUUGGUGGCCGUGAUUUUAGGAAGGAUAACUCCUAUGGUGGUGGUGGCGGCGGUUAUGGUGGUGGUGGCGGCGGUUAUGGUGGUGGUUAUGGAGGCGGUGGUGGUGGAUAUGGUGGCGGUGGUGGUGCACCGAGUGCUUGGGAUUAGUGGAUUGGAAUUUGUUGAUAAUUUUUUCGUGGGGAUGAAAGAAUUAUAUUGUGUUUUUGUGAAAUUUUGCUUGAAAUAUUCUUUUUAUAAACAAAUUCGCUGACUAAAAUGGGAAUGGGAAGAGACCUAUUUAAUUUUGGUUUGCGUAUUUUCUUUUUUCAAGUGUAGAAUUGAGAAAAGAAAUGGCAAUUGUAUGG